GUUACUUAUGCAGCAGAGGUCUUAGGGUAAUAAUUUGUUUUGCCAAGUUGCCAUAGUGAUCCUUGUUAUAAAAGCAGCAGUUUUCUCUAGAAUUUAACAAAGUUCGGCCUGCGUUGAUCCGAGUCCGACUUUGAUCUCUUCGUAGGUAGACGGAAUGAACGAAGAAAAUCUUGAGUGGGGUUGGAAGCCCAUAUUAAUAGCUAUGCGCUUCAUCGGUUUUGAUUUGAGAGAUCCUUUAGUUUCUCCUAACAACAGUUGGUUUAAUUUUUAUUCUUUGCUAUGUCUUGUGUACACUGCAUUUUGGCACGUAUUCGAUUGUGUCGACACCACAAAGUUUUUCAUGAGGGUGGUGGACUCGGAUCCUCCUUCGAACAUAUCAUUAGUCGUUAUCACGAACGUUAUGGUUGACACCUACAACAAUGCGUUUCAUUCCGUUGGAAUCCAACUAACUGUUCAUUUUAUGGCUCGCUCUAAUUGGAAGGAAAUGUGGCAGGUUGUUCAGCGCAUCGGAAGAAGAUUCGAUUUUAAAUUCUAUGUACAUUUAAGGAUAGUUUCAUCAUCAGCUGUAGUUGCCGUCAUAGUGAUAGAACUAUACCUUUUGGCAUCAGGAAUAGUUUACACUGCUUUAAGCCCUCAUCUUACCUUUAUCCUACAUGGAAAACUCUUUGCAUUAAUUUUGGCGGAAAUCUACAGAAUUUGUGGAUCCAGUUUGUUUAUUGUUUGCGCCCUUAGUGCUUCAGAUGUGUUUAGUCAACUGAAAAAUGAAAUUGAUGAAGCAAGUCGGUAUUUGAAUCCUCCUGAUGCUUCAUCUAUUCUUAAAUGGAAACAUACUCACGCAUUGGCUUGCGUGUACGUUGACUCGAUUAACCGUUGCUUCGGACCAAUUCUUCUGAUCGACAUUUGUUGCAUCUUCCUGCGGAUGAUUAAUUCAGUUUUCCAAGUCUCUGUAGGAUUAAACGUACACAAAUCCAGGUCAAGCAUUUAUCAUACCUUGUACUCAUUAGAGCUUUUUUUCCAAUUUUGGAUCGUUUGUAUCGUCGCCAGCAGACUUCAAAUAAAGGCAACGAAUAUUAUACAAACAAUCCGCAAGCUACCAACCGCAACUCUUGAGACACAACGACUGACAGGAACUCUUCUUAUUCAGGUGCAUCAUUCUGCGCCUUCCAUAUCCGCGUAUGGACUGGUAAAAAUUAACCACAAACUUGUACUAAAGGUGACUAAAUUAGGGUGUUACAAAGAAAAAUUUCUGAAUAGUAUUUUGUUCCACAUGCAGCUGAUUGGUACAACUUUUAGUUACUUCAUUAUAAUCAAUCAAUUUUAUUUACUGGAGGAUCCAUUACAACAAUAGAUAAUAUGCAUGGGGAAAAUCAAACUACCCCCCGUAUUUUGAUUCAAAGACGGAAAUGAUGGCUCUAGAUUUUCCACACAUUCACCUUUGGAUUAAUGAUUCGAAUCUUGCAUUUACCAGAGCUUGCAUUACGAAGCAAAUCGUAACGUAGGGGAACUUUGUGUGGAAGAAUUUGUACCAUGGCGUUUGUGGGGUUGAGGGGGGUAUAGGUUCCUGACAAGGUAAUUCCUUUUCGUAGCCAUGGAAAGGGGGAAAGGCAAAUUUUCCGGUACAGCUAAGCAGCUAAAACAAAUUUUCCGAAGGGAUCCAGGGCGAGGCAUUUUGGGACGGGGACGAAUGAAACUCGCCUGUAAAGUUCCUUUUUUUUAAAAAAAUGAUUGUGGAGUGGAAAUCGGCAUCGAGCUUCAUAAAUGCAACCCCGCAUUUUAAUAAGUUCGUCUGCAGUAAGUAACAUGGUCAUUCCUUAUCAGUUUUUCAUUUAUUUUUGAACUUUCUACUAUUUGUGUAUUCUUUAAGUUAAUAUAGCAUUUUCUGGAUAUUUUAACGAAAUUUCUAAAUUUCUCCUGUCAGUUUCUUGAAUAUUUGGAUCAUGACCAACAUGGGCGCAAUCGCAAAUACUGCAUUGCAAAAAACAUCCUUGUCGAAGAAAAUGGCAGCCAGGAAGAAACUGACGGUGAUGUACAAACUAUUGGCCGAUUGGUGUCAAAGACCAUAAAAUGUGGCACUACUCAUGGAGCUCCAUCAGCUUGAACAGUUGCUUUCAAUUUUGGCCAUGACAGAAUUAAAAUUAGCCCAUCGUUGAGACUUGAGAGCAAUAUUAUCAGAGGCAUGCAAGAAGUAUUGAGGCGGGUGGCUCCCAUUUUGACAAACACCUAGAUGACAAACACACAUAACAAAUGUAAAGAUUUCAACCUGCAGACGGGCCGGCCAGUUUGCAUAUCCUUCAAGCUUGAAGGUCGAGGGAAACAUUGUGUAAAACUGUCAAUGCGGCGGUGUAGAGGUUGGGUGAGAACUGGACGUGUUUCAUCAUUAUCAUGCAGACCCAUCCCCAUCAACGUCAACCUAAAGAAGGAAAGGCUAGUUUGCAUUUCCUUCACUUUCGAAGGUCAAGGAGAUCAUUACGUAAAACUGUCAAUGCGGUGGUGUAGAGGUUGGGUGAGGACGACACGUGUAACAUCAUUAUCAAGAGAGAGAAAAGUCGACAAGGAUCAGUCGAACGAGUAUCUCCGACACGGUAACAACUUCAGCGCACUAUUGGUCACCAGCUGCAUUCUUCAUCGUAUCAUCAGUUCGCAAUCAUGGUAAACUAUGGCGUUGUUCUGCUGUUGGGUGUUGAAUCGCUGACGGUUGGGUCGACCACUGGUGUACCGAUGUCUCCUGGUCCUGUGUAUGGUGGAUAUCAAAGCACAACAUUGCUGUCUUAAUACUCAUCAUCAACCAAUGCUGCUCCAGCUUACACCACCAAGGCUUCAGACAAGUUGCAUUAAAGGAGAGAAAAGCCUUUUCCGACACGACAACAACUUCCGCGCACAAUUUGUCACCAACUGCCUUCUUCAUCGUAUAAAGCGUAAACUGUGGCGUCGUGCUGCUGUUGGUUGUUGUCCUGAAAUACUACACCACCGAGGCUUCAAAGUAUUACACUACAAUUUAUGCUGCUGCGAGAUGCAUCACUAAAGAGCCCGAUUCACUCUGGCGCCGUGCUGCUGUUUGGUGUCUUAUCGUUGAAGGUUGGGUCGACCACGGGUUUACUGAUGUCUUCUGGUCAUCGUGGAGACUAAGCAACAGCAGCGAAAGAAUACUACACCACGCCGCCGCCUUCGAAACAUCUACUUACAACACCGAGGCCCCCAAGUGCUACACCACCAAGGCUCAAGAGUUACGCUACAAAUUACGCUGCCCCGAGUUACAUCACCAAAGCGCCUGAGUACUACAUCCCCGAGGCACUACAACUGAGGCGGUGAAGUACUACGUAGCCUAGGCUUACAACACAGCAGCUGCUCCUUCAUACUACGUUGAACUGAAAUACUACACCAAGGCUGCAGUUAACUACACCACAACCUACGCUACACCUAGCUACUAUGACGAAGCCCCCAACUACUACACCGAAGAGGCCACAUGUUACACAUCAACGUACAGUGCCCCAGUUUACUACACCGAGGAACCCAAGUAUUACUCUGCUCCAAGCUACUACCAAACUGAGGCUCCUGUUUACCAAGGCCACCGAGUAUUAUACUACAACCAAACGUUAACUAUGGCGUCGUGCUGCUGUUGGUUGUAUUAUCCUUGAUGGCUGGGUUGACCACUGGUGUACCGAUGUCUCCUGGGUAUGGCGGAUACCAAACCGCAACGCCGGCGUCUUACUAUACAACAACAUACGCAGCAACCGGAUACUACACCCCCAAGGCCCUAGAGUAUUACACCAUAACUUAUGAUGUCCCGAACUUCUACACCAAAGCUUCGAUGUUUAACUCAGCCCCGUGUUAAACCACCAAGGGAGCGGAGUACUACACCACCAAGGGAGCGGAGUACUACACCACCAAGGGAGCGGAGUACUACACCACCAAGGAAGCGGAGUACUACACCACCAAGGAAGCGGAGUACUACACCACCAAGGAAGCGGAGUACUACACCACCAAGGAAGCGGAGUACUACACCACCAAGGGAGCGGAGUACUACACCACCAAGGGAGCGGAGUACUACACCACCAAGGGAGCGGAGUACUACACCACCAAGACAGCUGCAUAUUCGUACUACGUUAAACCGGAAUGCUAAACCGAGGCUCCAGUUUUCUAUACUACAGCCCGCGCUUCUCCCAGGUACUAUACCACCAAGGCAACUGAGUAUUACACCACUUCUUAUGCUGCUACCACCUACUACACCGAAGCUCCGAAGUUUUACUCUGUGCUGAGUUACCACACCAUUAAGGAAGCCGAACAUUACACCACAAACGCUUCCGCAACUUACUACAUGAAAUUUCUAAAUGCUAGACCCGAAAUUUCUAUUUGAUUUUAUUUAGAUAUGUCGGUUUUCUUCAUGGUCGUUGGUCAUUGGGAAUUAAUUGUUGAUCUUGAUUGAGAAAAUAAAAUUUCUAAUGCCGGUAA